CUUGUUGACGGCUACGCGGUACCAAGCGUGUGUGUGUAUCGGGGAUGUAAAGAGGAAAUCGACGUGGAUUAUAUUUAUGGUUUGGUAGUCUAUGCUUCAAGUGACGUAAAUUAAACACGUGUAGGGGAUCUUUUAUAAAUUCCAAUAAACAUUAUCAUAUAUAUAUAUAUAUAUAUGUGCCCGUUUGUAUAUUUAUACUCCAAUUUGGAGUAUUUAUGAUACUCGCGUAAUGAGAUGUUCUUAUUUAUAUGACAACAUACUAUUUUUCGGAUGUCCCUGGAAAAUCGGAUAUCCUGUUGAAACCGAUAUGAGUUGGGAGUGUGAACGCGACAGCUGUUACUUCAAUUAAGAUACACUGUUUACUAUCUGAUAUCGAUUAAUCGUUUGUAUCAUUAUCGGUGUGCUAAUUACCGGUUUGUCGACUAUACACGCUGUUGAUUGCGCAAAUCAUAGCCGAUUGUUAUCCAAUAGUCAUUAUCGUGAAAAUUCAGCAUCAGUUCGCUUUAUUUGGUUUACGGAAUAUGACAGACGGUGCGCGAGUAGAAAAUAAAUCUGGUGUUUGAGUCAGUCGUAAAUUGUCAAUGAUGCUGAUUGUGUGGAUGCGUGUGUGUUAAUUCAGCAUCUUGGAAUUAAUGCUUUGGUCUGAAAAGAAGGAUUGAUAGCACAACUCGUGGGAAAACAGAAAUAUGAUUACAAUGGUAGCGAUAAUGGAUACCAUAUUAUGAGAUAACGUGUCACAAUUUGUGAAUAUUGUUACCAAUAUAAUAAAUGAUAAAGUUGUUUUUGAGUGCGGAUUUUAGGGCUUACAAAAAUUAUUCAUUGGAUAUGUAACUUAAAACGUGAUUUAAAAAGAAGGAGGAUUUAUACGAACUUGCAAGAAAGAUGACCACUUAAUAGCAGUUGAUGACACGAACUUUCAUUGAAAUUGCGAUAAUAGUAUACAAACAUUGGGCCCGUAUGUACUCGCUUCACGGUCAUCUCUAGGAAUUCACCUUCAACGAAACCAUUGACCAAAUUCACGGUAUAUAAAGUCGGAACGUUAAAAUUGGUGCAUUGGAAGCAAACGUCAGGAGAAAAUAGUCGUGCAUAGACAUCUAAUAAUUAAAUGCACAAUGAAAAACACUGACGGAAAGUGGAGAAUAUGAAUAAUGUGCUUUAAUAUUUAUAUGGACGCGAUCUUUGAUAUUUCUGUGAAUUACAUUUGGCAUAUCAAAACAUGAUAACCGACGAAGUCGAAUUUUGUUGCAUUUGAUAUCGCACUCGGUAAUAGAUUAAUAAAACACUCAGCGAAGAUUAUGUAAAACGCAAGUUUUCAAGUCGAUUUUAGAUUAGUCUGGGCCGAUAUUCAUAUACGAUGUCGACAGAAUCACAACACAACGCGAUACAACAUUGAACCUUAUGGCAGUUUUGAAUCGGGUGAGGCUCAAGACCCAGAGACAGUCUUCGCCACGACCACCCUUAAUCACGACGCCGUAUAGAUAUGAAGAAACAAAACACACGGACUCUAGCUCUUAUCGUCUGCACAUUUACGUACCUUUUAGUAGGCGCAGCCGUUUUCGAUGCCCUUGAAUCGGAGACGGAGAAAAAGAAGAGCAGGGACUACUUUAACGAGGAACAAAGCAUCCGUACCAAGUACAAUAUGACAGACGUCGACUUUAAUCUUCUGCGCAGGAAUAUCAUUCAGUCCGUGCCGUACAAAGCGGGUACUCAGUGGAAGUUCGCUGGGGCGUUCUACUUUGCUCUUACUGUGAUAACUACUAUUGGCUAUGGACACAGCACUCCACAGACUGACGCCGCCAAGAUAUUCUGCAUGAUCUACGCUCUUAUGGGUAUUCCCUUGUGCAUCGUGAUGUUCCAGAGCGUUGGUGAACGGCUGAACACUUUCGUCACAUACCUUAUGAAGCAGGGCAAAAAAUGCUUGCGCCUUAAGAAGACGGAAGUGAGUCAGACUAACCUCAUAAUAGUAACUAUGAACCUCAGUAUGAUAGUCCUAAUGUCUGGUGCUGCCGCGUUUGUGCAUUUUGAAGGAUGGGCGUACAUCGACGCCCUGUAUUACUGCUUCAUUACUUUGACCACUAUAGGUUUCGGGGACUUCGUGGCGCUUCAAAAGAAUAACGCGCUAGAACGACAGCCUCAUUACGUUAUCUUUAGUAUUCUGUUCAUAUUGUUCGGUCUGACCGUGAUAUCUGCUGCCAUGAACCUUCUCGUGCUACGGUUCUUGACGAUGAACACCGAGGACGAGCGCCGUGACGAACUGGAGGCUGCGGCCGCAGCCCAGACGGCCGUCCGCCUCGAUGGUGACGUCAUUACCGGAAACGGAACCGUGGUUUCUCAGGCGCAGGAGCACCCUGAGUACAGUGAUCAUAUUUCGGUUUGCUCAUGUUCAUGCUACAAAAUUCGCUCAAAGGAUAAGCAUAGAUACAAGGUCACUCGAUCUCCAACGAGAAUAAACCAUCUCUUAACAAUUAACAAUUCCGUUCAUGAGAAGGAGGAUAUUUACUCAUUUAUCGAUGAGAACAAUAGCACGUCCAAUUAUAGCUUUCUUCAGAAAAAGAGAGCCUCUGUGUGAAUCCAGGACUCUAUCUAUAAAGCUUCUUAAUACAGGUUGAAUGUUAAAUCAUUCAUCUAUAGUUUCUUCAAUUGCUGACAAUUUUUUUGUUCCGUAAAAUGAUUUAUGUUUAAUCAAUAAAGUUUUAUCAUGUAUUGGUAAAUUAACGUGGACGUUUGUCUGUGCCACGUUGAUAAGAUGGGUCGCGUUAUAGAUAAUUCGCGUUAUUUUUCGGUCAGCGCUGCUCCAGACCAGCAUGCUCAAUCGUUACUUGGAAUUAUAAUAGUUAAUAGAGGCUUAAAAAACUAAAAACCACGAGAUUGCCUGAGAGGCGAUAAGGAUUUAAGCGUAGAAAAUACAUUUUCUUUCCUCAUCUCGAAUGUAAUCAAAAGACCAUGACUGAAAGGAAAAUCAUACACCAAAUGAUUAUGAAAUUAAAGAACAUGACGUUAUAAUUCUGCGCGAGUUUGCUGCAUACAAAACGUCAGAUGGGUUUAUUAAUUCGUGUAUGCGGGUAGGACGACGAGCUUAAAUUGAAAGCCUCAACAACUUAGACUUUAGUAAAAAGCUUUGUGGAUACAAAGUCCAGUAAGAAAUUGUUGUGUUGGUAUGUGCUAAUGUCUACUAGAGAAAUCGUCAAUUAAAUAAACUUAUAUUUAUACCGCAUGCUAUUGAUGAUGCCAUAAUGUUUUUCACUACAUAUACCUUUAUCGAAAGUAAAAGGAUGCUAUACAUACGCAUCUGUUGCCAUGUUUACGUCGUGACCCUUUAAUCUGCUGAGUUCACCAUGUUAUAUAUUUGAUAUAUUAAAUGUUAUAUAGUGGUAAGCUUACGAAGAAUCGGUCG